GAAAUGCCUGGAGACAGAGAUGACGAGAUUUGUCAAAAGGCACUUGAACUCCUCUCAGAUCUUUGUUCCAAAGGGGAAGUGCAGAGCGAAAACUGCCUGGAUUUCAUAUACUAUUUCCGUGAUCUGGCCAGGCCACGCUACACGGACUCAGAUGUGUCAGUGAGUCUGCUGUCACUGGUCGUGACGGCCUGUGGCUUGGCUCUAUUUGGGGUCUCCCUCUUUGUGUCCUGGAAGCUCUGCUGGAUCCCAUGGAGGGAGCGUGGUCUCUCCCCCACGACCAAGGAGCCCAACGGCGGGCACCUCAACCCGGCCAUGAGCCCUUUGCCCUCACAGCCAGUACAGAGGCAGCCAGUUUACACGGCCGUGGACCCCCCGGCUCACACCCGCCUUGAGUCGUCCCACUGCACAAUAGCCAAGGAGCCAACUCCUAUGGCAUCAGUUGCAUCGGUGGAGGCUCCGGUAACUCCUGUAUCACCCCCUCCUGUCGCCCUGGCGCCACCGGAGGCAGCCAUGAAAAUCAGUCACACGUCCCCAGACAUUCCACUCGACGCCCAGGAAAAAAGUCGGGAAAACGGGGUUCAUACAAACCCUCGGAUUCAGAGACAGACUACGGAACCCUCACCCUCCGGGCACCCCAUGUCAGAAAUUGGACAGGGCUCGAUACGCCGGCAUAUGAACCUGUCAAAUCCCGACUUCAACGUGGCUCAGUUCCAAAGGCAGGACUCACUCACUGGAAUGGGACUGGGCCUCGGACGCCUCAAACCUGAGCUCUACAAACAACGUUCACUGGAAGGGGAUGACGGAAGUUACAGAGGUGGAGGAUGUGGGUGCCUCCACUUCAUCCUCAAGUUUGACUGUGACCUGGAGCAGUUGAUUGUUAAGAUCCACAGAGCAGAGGACCUCCCAGCCAAGGAUUUCUCUGGGACCUCUGACCCUUACGUUAAGAUCUACCUGCUGCCUGAUCGAAUGACCAAGCAUCAGACCAAGGUGCACCGUAAGACGUUAAACCCUGUGUUUGAUGAGGUUUUCCUGUUUCCUGUGGCCUACUCAGAGCUUCCCACACGUAAACUGCACUUCAGCGUCUAUGACUUUGACCGAUUUUCACGUCAUGACAUUAUCGGCCAAGUGGUUGUGGACAACUUCCUGGAUCUGGCAGAUUUCCCCCGGGAGACAAAACUCUGCCGGGAAAUCAAAUAUGUGUCUACGGAUAAUGUGGACCUGGGUGAUCUAAUGUUUUCUCUGUGUUACUUACCAACUGCCGGGAGGCUGACCAUAACAAUGAUAAAGGCUCGCAAUCUGAAAGCCAUGGACAUCACAGGUGCAUCUGAUCCAUAUGUGAAGGUUUCGCUCAUGUGUGACGGUCGCAGACUGAAGAAGCGGAAGACCUCCACAAAGAGGAACACUUUGAAUCCCGUCUAUAACGAGGCCAUUGUUUUCGAUGUUCCCCCUGAGAACAUAGAGCAAAUCAGCCUUUUGAUUGCAGUGAUGGAUUAUGACCGAGUCGGUCAUAAUGAAGUCAUCGGUGUGUGCCGGGUUGGCAAUGAUGCAGACAACCUUGGUCGGGACCACUGGAGUGAAAUGCUCACGUACCCCCGAAAACCUGUCGCGCACUGGCAUCCUCUUGUGGAGUACCAGGGGACCACAGGUAGUAGCCAGGGAGGAUCGUGUAACUCUCUGAAGGCACCUCCCUCUCCAUAACCCAGAAUAACAUUUUAUGUAACAUCUCGACGGGCCCUCGGCUCAGCCUUGUGCUGCUGUGGAUUACUGCACACGCACAAUGAAGUGAAUAGUACAGCCAUCCAAGAUAUUUCAGGAUGGAGAGACACAACUGGAUCAGUUGCAUGUCGAAUGAUCACAUUGAUGGAGGUUUUCUUUUCCAUGAGUAAAAUGACAGGAGUACACAGACAUGUGACGUCCGUCUUCUUGGGUUUACACAUGAUCCACUGUUUUUACAUUGUCUUGUUACUUGUCUUUAUCUGAGGUGAGUCUGUAAUUGCACAACGUACUUUACAACCAGUCAAACUGCCUUUCUCUUUUAUUUGGUGGUGAUUGGUGCAUGAGGUCUUGCUUGUUGUGAUAUCUCGCCUUUGUUUGUUUGUUUGUUUCCCUCUACUUUGGGUCUAUUAUGUGUUGUUCUGAUUGUUGAAGUGCAGUGACAGUUGAUUUCUCCAGAAAGUGUUUGUCAGUGAAGAAAAAGAAAACUAUAUAUUGUCAACAAAUAGGAUUAAAUAAAAAAUAGCCAUCUUUGAUCCAAUUUCACCAGCAGAAUUGUUCUCUUUUAAAACAAAUACAUUUGUACUUUUCAUUCGUUGACAAGCUAAAACUCAUAUGUACUUAUUUUAUCUUUGUAGAAGAUCUGAGUAUCUUUGAAGAAUACAAAAGAGUAUUAGGCCCACGCUGAAAUAAAAAUAAACAAUGACACAAGGGAAAAAAAAUCAAUAUAUGACAAUGAAGUUGUCUGAAAAUGUUGUCUCAUUACAUAAUAGUAACAAAAAAAGUAAACUAAUAAUAUUUGUCAGGUCUCUAUAGCGAUUGUCUGUCGCUGCUGGUUUCAGACUGUUAUUUUUAGGUUUGUUGGGGAAUGAAAAAAACAACAAAAAAAACCUAUAUAUAUUUCCCCCUUUAAGCAUGGAA